GUACGCCACCGUCACUUGUGGACAAGUUGGAUCCCAACUUGUUGUUGUGGUUGCGGUCGUUGUUGCUCGCUUGCGGUGGCGGCGGCGGCGGCGAGCUGUGCGCGCAGCAGCGAUCGAGGAGCGGCGCGCACAUGUAGACGCGUUCACAGUCCUCACAGCAGUCUCCUUGUGCAAGACGCACGGAGAGGGCUUCCCAGUCCCAGAAAGAAACGGGAAGUAGACGUUUUUUUCUUUUCUUUCUUUCUUUCGGGAGCUAAGAUGAACGCCAGCGACGAGAACCUGCUCAAGUCCAUCAGCAACGACGCGCUCCUCGACCUGACGCAGCGCUACGGUCAGUCGGCCUUCGGCUUCGGCGCCGGCCACGGCCCCGGAGCCCCCGGCCGCUUCCCGCUCACGCCGGCCGCCGACUUCCUCACCGGGCAGACGGCCAAGUCCAACGAGAGUGGCGGGGAGCACACCAGCGACGACGACGACGGCUUCGACUCGCUGGAGUCCCGCAAAAGAGGCGCGCCCUUCGGGGACGACAAGCCCGGGGGUCCCCUGGCCAAGAAGUCCAAGGAGCAGCGCUCCCUGCGGCUCAGCAUCAACGCCCGGGAGAGGCGGAGGAUGCACGACCUGAACGACGCGCUGGACGGCCUGAGAGCCGUCAUCCCGUACGCCCACAGCCCGUCGGUGCGAAAACUCUCCAAAAUAGCGACUCUCCUCCUGGCCAAGAACUACAUCCUCAUGCAGGCUCAGGCUCUGGAGGAGAUGCGGCGACUGGUGGCCUACCUCAACCAGGGACAGAGCCUGACUUCGCCCAUCCCCGCCGCCCUGACGCCCUUCGGCCAGGCCGCCGCCGUCUACCCCUUCUCGGGCUCGGCUCUGGCCGGCUGCGCCGACAAGUGCUCCAACUUCUCGGGAACGCCGUCCGCUCUCUUUAAACAUUGCAACGACAAACCUUGACGCGCUUCCGUGCGCUCUCCUUCCCCGAACUUUUUAACUUUCCCUCUCCCGCUAAUUUUGAUUGAAAUCAUUCUGUGUGCAUAAUUCCGACGAAUUGAUGCUGCGAUGUCUCGUCCUGAUUGAUGAACUAUUUAGGCCUUGUCACUUUCUUGCUCGCCCCGAAUUACGCAGAGCAGUUCACGAUGAAAUAAAAGUGAAUUAUCAAUUCAUUCAUCUAUGCAAAAGUCAAAUCAUUCAAGCUCGACUAUUAUUUACAAUUAUUACAAAAAGUAGGAAUGGAUUUCCCUUUACUGAUGUUUUAAUGCUUGAUAUUUCCCCCCGCCCCUCCCCAAAAAUAAUUGACGACUUUUUAUUUUUGAAGGUCUUGCACAUGUCACAUGAUUGUAUUGUACAACUGUGAAAAUAAGCCCGACUGUACUAAUAAGGCUUUACAUUCAUGGCCUGUAAGGAAA